AUGAAGUACCGGACAAUAGUGAUGUACAUGGAGAUAGGCUGCUUUGUGUCUUGCCUGUGUGGUUGGAUUCUGAUCUGCUCCACGUUACCCACUGAGUACUGGACCUUUUCAGAGGUGGGCAGCAUUGUCCUGACUACAUCAAACUAUUACUCAAACCUGUGGAUGGACUGCAUCUCUGACACCACUGGGGUAUCUGACUGCAAGUAUUACCCCUCCAUGUUGGCACUACCAGUUUUUCUCCACGUGUGCCGAGCCCUGGCCAUCAUCGCUGUAAUCCUGGGAUUCUGGGGUGCAGUUCUGGUCCUAAUCGGAAUGAAAUGCACAAAGAUCGGAGGUUCUGAGCUCGCCAACGCCAGAGUGACGUUCGCAGGCGCUCUGACCUACAUGGCGUCGGGGUUCAGUGGAAUGAUCGUGUACUCAUGGUGGGGAGACAAAGUCCGGUCAGACUUUGUGGACCCGACUUACGUAGCGCAAAAAUUUGAGAUAGGAGCAGCUGUGUUUAUCGGUUGGGGAGGGUCCUGUCUGGUCAUCGUGGGAAGUUCAGUCAUGUGUUACUUUUCAGGAAAAGAAGGACUCAAGAGAAGCACGAAUAAGAGACAAUACAGACCUGGUACCUACCUCUCAGCUCGGACUAGGCGAACCUACAUGGUACCGGGUUCUGCCAGGCAGAUUGUGACCACGCCCCCUUUGUUCCAGGCGGGCAGGGAGAGCCGAGGAACCCGGAUGACCCGGGGAACGCGGUCCAACAGAACCGCCAGGACCCCUGUGCCCCUUAGCAUGGACUCCUUUGUGUGA